GCAGUGGAUACGUGCUCUUUCCCUGCAAUUGUUUCUAGCUGAGAAGUUACUGUGCCUGGGCUAGGGACACUGCACCCUCCCUGCAACCUUCCCCCUUGUUUCUGCAGACCUGCCAGCAUUGAAACAGUGCUGAGGCUUUCUAAAGCAAUUACCGUAAUCCAAGAAAGGACCGGCGCUUCGAGCCCGAGCCCCUCCGCCGCCAGCCGAGCCGCCCUCCCUCCCUCCCGGGCUACCGGAGGAGCAACCGAGCCUCCUCCCUCGCCGGUAGCCGCCCUGCUGCCGGCUCCCGGAGGGCUCCCGGAGGGCUCCCGGAGGGCUCCCGGCUGCCCGUGCCUCCGCCGGCCGCAGGUGAGCGGCGUCGGAAGGGCUUCGACGGCGAGCCCCCGGGCGGUGUGCGAGCCGCUGGCAGCCGGGAGGCUUUGUGUGCUCUGCUGCUCCGUGCCGGCGGGGCCGGCCCCGCAGAUAAACCGCUUCCCAGCAUCCGGAGCGGGGAGUAACUGCGGGGGACGCUUCGGAGUAAACACGUUUCCCCUCCGAAGCGGUUUGUUUGUAAGGGAAAAGGUUAAGCGGGAUAAAUUGUUUUCUUUCGUGUCCUUCGCUGCGUACCGCCUUCGCGUUUCGUUUUAAAACAGAGCCGUGCUUAGCAGGAGGCACGACGCGAAAUUUCGGCCUGCAACUGCAACGCUUAUUUGACCAACAAAUGCCACCGGAGCUUUGCUGAUGUCUUUUGAUAAUACCGAAAACCAAAACAAGAUAAACAAACAAACCGAAAGGUUAAAAACAAGAAAAAGCAAGGCGACGGUUCAGAAACUCGUGUCCCUCCCUGGCGGUGACCCCGAAACCGAGCAACUUCUGGAGACUCCAGGUCCCGGGUCGGUUAAGUGCUAUUGAAAACUGAAGUUGUUUGCAGACGAACACAAAUUUCCAAGCUUAAAUUGCCUUCUUCCUGUCCCGGGAUGCCAGGGCUUUGCACAGCUGAAAUUGCACAGCCCUUUCCCCCGGAUCCUCUUACUUCGAUAGCGCUCGAGUCCCCGCUGCUCCGCGCCUGGCGCCGGGGCACACUUUGCUGCUUUUUGUCACCGUGUGCGCGCCCGGCGGCCUCUCCCGGGCUGUUUUGGAGCCCGGCCGCGUUCACGGGGCCACUCCACGACAAAUCCCAUUUUGUGCAUUUCCCGUUAAGCCUCAGCGGAGCUUUCUGCCGGGGAACGGGGUGCGUGGGGGGGUUCUUCAUCCUUCCCCCCGCUACUACUCAGCGCACGGGCACACCGUGCCCCCUCCGUGCUCGCCCACGGCUUUUUUUUCCCCGGGGCCCGGGACACCGGGAGCAGGCAGCUGUGUGUGCCGGUAUCCUCGCACCGCUCGGCCCCGCCACCUCCGGACCCCCCCGGCGCAGGGGUGGCCGCAGGUGGGUGCCGGCUCCCCCGGACCGGGCCCGUGACCAGCAGAUGGUGCUGCGGGCUCCCGCUGCGGGCGCCCCGUCCUCGGGGGCGCGGGGCCCCGAAGGCACCGGGAGCUCCGUGCGGCCCGCACCGGGCCCGGCCCCUCUCCGCGGCACCGGGGCCCCGCGAACCGCCGGGGGCCGGGGCGGACCACGCCGGCGGCGGAGGGCCCAGCUCCCGGCGGCUGGUGACCCUGGCGAGGGGCCUGGCCCCCGCCUUCCUGCGCUUCGCGGGCAAGAGGACGGACUUUCUGCAGUUCCACAACGUGAAGAACCCGGCCAAGAGCCGCGGCGGGCCCGGACCCGAUUACUACCUCAAGAACUACGAGGACGGUCUCUAGACAAACUCUAUAACUUUGCUGACUGCUCUGGCCUUCACCUGAUCUUUGCACUGAAUGCCCUGCGCCGAAAUCCCAACAACUCCUGGAACAGCUCCAACGCACUCAGCCUGCUGAAGUACAGCGCCAGCAAGAAAUACAACAUCUCCUGGGAGCUGGGCAACGAGCCCAACAACUACCGGACCCUGAUCGGCCGCUCGGUGAACGGCAGCCAGCUGGGGAAGGACUACAUCCAGCUGAGAAGCCUGCUGCAGCUUAUCCGCACUUAUUCCAGAGCAAACCUCUACGGGCCGAACAUCGGGAGACCCAGAAAGAAUGUUGUUGCUCUCCUGGAGGGGUUCAUGAAAGUGGCUGGCAGCACGGUGGAUGCUGUUACCUGGCAACACUACUACAUCGAUGGUCGAGUGGCCAAAGUGACCGACUUCCUGAAAACGCGCCUGCUAGACACGCUGUCCGACCAGAUCAGGAAAAUCCAGAAAGUUGUGAACACCUACACACCAGGCAAGAAGAUCUGGCUGGAAGGCAUUGGCGCUACCUCAGCCGGAGGCAUGAACAACCUCUCCGACUCCUACGCGGCCGGGUUCCUGUGGCUGAACACGCUGGGCUUGCUGGCCAGCCAGGGCAUCGACGUGGUGGUGCGGCACUCCUUCCUCGACCACGGCCACAACCACCUGGUGGACCAGAACUUCAACCCCCUGCCGGACUACUGGCUGUCCCUGCUCUACAAGCGGCUCAUCGGUCCCAAGGUCCUGGCCAUCCACGUGGCCGGGCUCCAGAGGAAACCCCGGCCGGGCAGGGUGAUCCGCGACAAGCUCCGCAUUUACGCCCACUGCACCAGCUACCACAACCACAACUAUGUCCGGGGGUCCAUCACCCUUUACAUCAUCAACCUGCAUCGCUCCCGGAAGAAAAUCAAGCUGGCGGGGACGCUGCGGGAUAAGAUCGUCCACCAGUACCUGCUGCAGCCCUACGGCAAAGACGGGCUCCACUCCAAGUCUGUGCAGCUCAACGGGCAGCCGCUGGCCAUGGUGGACGAUGGGACCCUCCCCGAGCUAAAGCCUCGUCCGCUGCGGGCCGGCCGCACCCUGGUCAUCCCCCCGCUGACCAUGAGCUUCUACGUGGUGAAGAACGUGAACGCGCUGGCCUGCCGGUACCGAUAGCCCACGGCGCAGAACGGAGCCGGCAGCCCCGCUCCUGCCCCACGCACAUCCCCUGGACACGCUGCCUCCUGGGCAGCCCGCACAGCCCCGCGGGGGCUCCGCACCGCGCCCUUCGGCCUCGCACCCUUGGACGCCCUCCUCCUCGGCAGCCUCUCCCAACCCGUGGCCAAAAAAGCUCCGCUCUGCCCGGCCGGAGCCGUUGCGACGGCGAACUGGGGGGGCGGGGGGGGAGGGGAGCGGGGCCGCAGCGAGAAGCCCCGGGGCUCCCGGGGAGGGCUGGGGGCCGGGCCCCGCUCCGGCGGCGCCGUGGGCGGCCAGCCCAGCGCGGGCACCCUCCCCGGAGCCUCGCAGCAAGCGCAUGGAAGCAGCUCCCUCUGCUGCCGCUCGGCCGCUGCGAGCGCGGCCCGGCCUGGACCAGCGCGGGGAUGCUGCGGGGAUGCUGCGGGGAUGCUGCGGGGAUGCUCGGGGGAUGCACCGAGGGUGCUCCGGGGAUGCUCCGGGGGUGCUCCGGGGAUGCUGCGGGCCGGCCCGGGAGGAGGAGGCGCCCGGCUCUGCCCCGGGCCGUACGGGCAGGGCUCGGGCCCACGGCUGUAAAUGUUGGUAAUUAAAUUAAUGAGGCCCGCAGCGGAGAGCCCGGAGGCAGGGGGUGCGCACCCCGCGGCGGGGAGCUCCCGGCCCGAGCGGGGAUGGGGGAGCGCUGCCCGCCGGUACCGGGGGUGCGGGCUGGAACAGCCGGGACGCACCGGGACGGGACGAGAGGGGUAAUAAAGCUGGGCUGUCCACCG